AGCGUCUUCUAUGCAGAACAUGAUAAGCACUGCACGGUCUUGUUUGGCUGCUAUAUAUCAACUGUCAUUAUUCAUGCUCAGCCCCCAGUAAUCUCGCUUUGUUUAGCUGCAACAAUGUCAUCUCUCUCUCUGUUCUUCUAUCACCUCAAAACCAUAACCCUGGUUUUGUUCACUCUAAUGCUGCUUGAAAUUAUAGUUCUCAUACGGUCUGUGAUGGGACUAAGCUCCAAGUCCGACAAACGCCUAAUCACCACCAACCAAUACCUCAAACUCAUCGAGGAAAAGAAUCCCACGACUCGUUACAGUAGAAGAUUGAGGACGGAUCAGCCUCAUCCGGCUGAGUGUGCAGUGUGUUUGUCAGAAUUCAAGGAAGAGGAAGAAAUUAGGAGGCUUCAAUGUGUGCACACGUUCCACAAGGAUUGCCUGGAUAGGUGGCUGCAGCAAUGUUCUGCAACUUGCCCACUUUGCAGGACCAAGGUUCUGCCGGAUGAGGUUGUGGCUAGUUAUCACAGGAUGCAAGAUCAGGUGGAGUAUGAUGGAAGUGAUGAGGAGGUUAUUUUCUUCUUGUCUGCAUCACAUGGCACUAGUUUUAAUAGAUUUUUCUGAAUUCUCUUCAGUCUUUAAGAGUAUAGAGGUCCUGAUCAGUUUUGUACAUAGAAGCAUGUAUGUAGGUUCUUGUUUUGUUUCAAUGUGAAAAGAGGAAAAAACAAAAAAAGAGCUUAAAUUUCAUACUGCUUCGGAUUAAUGUAUGCAUAUUGCAUACAUAACUUUAUUGAAAACAUAAGGAGAUGAAUUUCCCAGCUUA